CAUUUCUUGAUCCAUCGUUUGUAUGUCAAUUUCGUUCAGCGGUUUGCAUUUUUUUGCACAGAUCUGGUUGCAGUGCAUUUUCAUCGGAUCGCGACGUGGAAAUUUGUUUGAAAAAAUGUGCUUAUGGUAAAAUAUUGGAGUUUUCAAUAGCCGCAAUGAAAAAUGUGUAAUAAAAAAUUCAAUCAAGCAGAAAAGUUUUGAUAGAUCGUCGAAUUGUGGAGAAUUUAAUGCGUGCGUGCGUUUGUAUUUGCGAAAAGUCUGCUGUUUUUUUUUUUUCUUGUAGCUGAGUUGGUGAAAAAACUAGCGCAACUCAAUUGCUGACUUCGGAAAUGUCAAACACGUGAAUUAUUUGCAAAAGAUAAAGGAAAAGAAAAACCUGUGCAAAGAAGUGGAAAAAUCAAAAAUCACCCCGAACAGGAAGAAAAUAUUAGAUAUUUAUUAUUAUAUUUACGCACAUAGUAUAAUUUAAGUCCAUAUUUGCUUGUGCUAAUUGAAAUAAAAAAAUCUGUGCUACUCGAUAAAUAAGCAAAAUAAUCUGAAAUAGUGUGCUACCUCUACUACAACAAACAAAAAUUUCAAUUGUACCAACGGAAUGCCAUCAAUCACCUACAAGGAGCGCGUACUCAGCGCACAACAGCUCAAAAAGCUGUCGGAACACAAAUACUCCUGUAGCAGCAGUAGUCUGUUGGAUCCAUGGCUACAGCCAUGGUGGAAUUGGCUUGUCUCAAAGACGCCACUUUGGCUGGCCCCCAAUCUCAUUACAAUCAUUGGACUGAUUGUCAACAUUGUGACAACAUUAAUAUUAGUAUCAUAUAGUCCCGAUGCCAAGUCGCCGCCACCCGCCUGGACUAGCCUACUCUGCGCGUUUGGCCUAUUCAUCUAUCAGAGUUUAGAUUCGAUUGAUGGUAAGCAGGCGCGUCGCACAAAUACCUCAUCACCAUUGGGUGAGCUUUUCGAUCAUGGUUGCGAUUCGAUUUCGACCGUUUUCGUGGCGCUUUCGGCGUGCAUAUCCUGCCAGUUGGGACAAUAUCCAAAUUGGUUAUUCUUUCAGUGCUUCUGUGCCAUUGCGUUGUUCUAUUGCGCUCAUUGGCAGACAUACGUUUCGGGUACUUUGCGGUUUGGCAAAAUCGAUGUGACCGAGGCGCAAUUCACCAUCAUGGCUAUACAUGUUAUAUCGGCCGUAUUCGGUCCGGAUGUGUGGCAAUCGCGGAUUCCCCUGAUUGGCGGUCGUUGGAAUUAUAUCAUUUUAAUCGGCAUUACUUUGGGUUAUCUCGUGAAUAUGAUCAACUUUUCGAAAAUGUUUGUCGAAGGCGGCAGUGGCAAGAAUGGUUCCUCCGUUGCUGGUACCAGCGUACUUUCGCCCAGCAUACCAUUGACAAUGGUCAUUUUGCCCGCACUGAUAAUUGCUCAAAAAUCACCACAAAAUAUUUUCACCGAACACUCAGCGUUGUACAUAUUGGCAUUUGGCAUGGUAGCGGCCAAAGUCACCAAUAAGCUGGUGAUCGCUCACAUGACAAAAGCCGAAAUGGAAUAUCUGGAUUGGUCGCAAUUGGGUCCAGCGUUGCUAUUCUUUAAUCAAUACUUCAACUGUGUGCUGCCGGAAAUCUGGUUGCUAUGGUUUACGCUGAUCUGGGGCACGCAGGAUCUCAUACGCUAUUGCUCAAAGGUUUGCGUGGAGAUUUGCAAUCAUUUGCACAUUUAUCUCUUCACGAUCCCUCAUCCGGGAAAAAAUUCGACACAAACCGUGAGUCAAGGUACAAAUGCGCCCACUACAAGUAUGAGCAUGAGCGCGUCAGCGGCAGCUGUGGCGCAAGACAAGAACGGUGGAACACAUCAUCGGAAGUCGACGCGGCAGGCUAGCAAAAAGCAGCAACAACAACAGCACUAGAAUUUAAUUUGCAGUUAUGUAAUAUAUAAUUCAUACAUAGAAAAUCAAGAAAACAAAAG